AGCACGGAAACCCUGAGACUGAAAGGUGUGACCAAGGGAGCUGAGAGGUGACCAUGGCUUCCAGACACCAGAGUCUGACCAAGGACUUGAUUUGUUCGAUUUGUCUGCAUCUCUUUACCAACCCGGUCACCCUGGAUUGUGGCCACAACUUCUGCCGCUCCUGUAUCUCACAGCGCUGGGAAAAUAAGGAGAGCAAAGCCUGUCCCGAAUGCAGCACAGUCUUUGCCAACAUUUGCAUGAGGGGCAACUGGACCCUGGCGAGGCUGUCCGUGAAAGCUCGAAGGCUGAGUGCAGCCCUGGAGGAGACAGAAAGACGUCACUGUGAGGAGCAUCAGGAGGAACUGGAGCUGUUCUGUGAGACAGACAAGAAACUGAUGUGUCUGGUUUGCAGAGACGCCCGAGAACACAGACACCACAGCUUCAUCCCCAUACAGGAGGCUGUUCAGAUGUAUAAGGAUAAAGUGAAACCCUCCUUAGACUCUCUCACACAGAGGAAGGCCACUGCUCUAGAAGCUGAAGUUAAACAGAAAGAAAAGAUUUCACAAGUUAAGAAACAGGCAAGCAGUCUGGCGAACAAUGUCACGGCCGAGUUUGCUAAAAUGCACCAGAGCCUCACCGACAGGGAGCAGCGUGUAAUCCGAGAGCUCAGAAAGCGAGAGGAGGAGAUAUUGCAACGAAUGAAGAAAAAUCUGCGACAGAUUCAGGACAAUUUAGCUUCUGUUCAGAAAAAGCUCUCAGAGUUACAGAAUCAGAUGGAAAAAGACGCUCUCACUUUUCUGCAGGAGGAAGCUGUUCGGAAGAGAAGGAUCAGUGAUGAGGAUUUUAAACUGUCUUUAUCUGAGGGGGAUCUGCCUGUGGGGAUGUGCAAAGGACUUGUACAGUACACAGCCUGGAGAGAGGUGCUGGACAUUAUCAGCCCAGCUCCGGCCGCCCUGACUCUGGAUCCUGACACAGCCCAUCCCUCGCUCAUCGUGUCUGAGGACCUGACCAGUGUGAGAGAUGGAGACGAAUGGCAGCCGGUCCCUGACACCCCAAAGAGGUUUACUAUAUCUCUCAUUGUCCUGGGAUCUGAGGGCUUCACAUCAGGGAGACAUUACUGGGAAGUGCAGGUGGGCAACAAGACUGCGUGGACUGUGGGAGUGACCAGAGAGUCUGUCAACAGGAAACAACCAAUCACGUGGUCAACAGAGGGUGGGGUCUGGGGUGUGUGGCUGUGGGGCCGGGUCUAUGAAGCUCUGACCUCACCUCCCACCCGCCUGCCCCUGACAGUGAGACCCGGGAAGAUCGGGGUGUACCUGGACUAUGAGGGGGGACAGGUGUCAUUUUACAACGCUGACAACAUGUCUCAUCUCCACACUUUCACCCAAAUAUUCACUGAGAAACUUUAUCCUCUCUUUGGUCCCUGUAAUGAUUACGAUGGGAAAAACUCGGCGCAACUGAGAAUCUGCCGGUUAUAACACAUUAACAGUGAUCAAUUUCCAUGUGAUUCACUGCCUUCUGUCUAACCCACUUUAACCCAAGUCCCAGUGAUAUCUCCACGGGACCAGAUCUCUGAUCUGUAGAUGUUUUGCCCCUUCAGGAUAGAGCCCCCUCCUGCAGCACCAGAGCGGGUAUGGGCCGUGGCCAGACCGGGCGGGUCUCUGGGUGCGGGGCUCCCUGUUGACAUCAGGUUUCUAUUGGUUUUGGGUCCGGAUUGUAACCAACGCGUCAACUUUGCUCAAAAUAAAAUGUUCGAUACAACGUCAAUCCAUAAUGUUGGAAUCGGAAAUACGUUAAGCUAUUAUUUGGGUUCAGCUGGAAAUGCUUACGUUUGUUAGCUAACCGGGGGAUUGUCAAGCUUCAUAAUAAAUUGGUUGUUUGCUCAGG